UACCGGUUUCAGAUAUCAAACUUCGUUUUCUAUCAAAAAUUCAAAACCCAGACAACUUCUAUGCUACUUGCGAGUCGCGACUCGGCCGACUCCCAGUGAGCUUCCCCAAUUCGAUGAAGAGGCAGUGAGGUACUGAUUCAAGUAUUCAACUCCAAUCCAGGCAUCGACGGACUCCCAUCGGCUGGAACGAAGCUUCCCAACAGCGACGACUUACACAGACGAUGAAGAAACCUGCGACAGAGGCAUUAAGGGACACUCGGUUCUGUACUCAGUCAGUUUAAUCUAAGAGGCGGCUUAUUUCAAAAUCUCCAUUCCAGGCUCUUCAUUAACUCGGUAGCAAACUGGUCAAAGAGGCUUCUCCUGAUUUUUCAGCACCAUUAUGGGUGCAAACAGGCAUCGAACUAGCAGUUUCUCUCGUAACAUUGCUGCUCCCGUGGCACCUAUUUCUGGAGUUAAACAUGGUCUCAAUGGAGCUAUGUUUGUUUCAUCUGGCAUAUGUGAUCUUGACAGGAUUUUGGGUGGUGGAUUCUCGAUGGGGAGCCUUGUGUUGGUGAUGGAGGACCUUGAGGCACCUCAUCAUAUGCUUUUGUUGAGAAAUUUCAUGUCUCAGGGUAUUGUUCUCAAACAGCCACUGCUUUAUGCCAGUCCUGAAAGGGAUCCCCGUGUUUUUCUGGGUACUUUGCCAAGCCCAAUGCCUUCCAAGGACGACAAAUCCCUAGAGAGGGACGUAGAACAGGAUAAGGGUUUAAGGAUCGCUUGGCAAUACAAAAAGUAUUUUGGGGAGCAAAGUUCUGAUGGUCAGCAAGGUGGGAGAGAUGAAUAUUGCAAUGACUUUGACCUGCGAAAGCCAUUGGAGCGGCAUUUUCUUACUGGGCCACACAUUGGUUGCUUUAGUCUUCAGGGUUUUCCCAAUCUAGACCCUCUUCGUCAGACUUGCUCAAAAUUCUUUGCACAAGUUCCAAGAUAUGAUGGCAACAUGGCUUACCCGGGUAGAAUUGCCAUUCAGUCACUAUGUGCUCCUCAGUGUGAGUUUUCCAACAAUGAGUGGGAUAUACUGUCCUUCAUCAGAUCUUUGAAAUGCAUGAUAAGGUCCUCAAAUUCAGUAGCAGUCGUAACUGUACCUUCUUCUCUUAUUUCACCAACCUUCUUGAAGAGAUUGCAGCAUCUAGCUGACACUUUGAUAUCCGUUCAACCAAUUCCAGACGAGAACGAGGAGUUGGCAAAGCUUCUGACUGGUUACCAGGACAUGCUUGGCCUUCUAAAUAUGCACAAGGUGGGACGUCAUAAUACGCAGGUUCCUGUGGUUCUUGAGGCAACCACAUUCUCGAUUAAGCUCCACAAGCGACGGUCAUUGGUUUUGGAGUGUUUAAAUCAAGCCCCUGUUGAUGGUUCAAGUGGGACCUCAUAUGGUUCGGUAGGUAGUUGCUCCGGGAGUUCCCAAACAGGGCCCUUUGACUUUUAGUUGGUUCUACAUGGUGCAUACUGUCAAUUUUCAGGAGCGUGAACAUAUUUAAGUUAAUACAUCAUGUAAUGGUCAAUGUCUGAUUUUUUAACACAUCAUAGUUGAUCUGAUCAUAUUUAGAGAUGAGGUGUUGUUCUGAACUGGCGACAGGUGUAGUUGAUACUCAUUAUUGCAUCUUCUUUGCUAUUUGUGGAAGUGUCAUUGAGAACAUUUGAUGUACAUUAGUUAGAUUUGAAGUGAUUUUUAUAUAAACGAACAAAAGAUGAACAUUAUUUUCAUAAGAAAGUUAUCCAGAACAAGCGAUCUUAAAAGUGAAAACAUUUAAACUUUAA